CCAUCAUGCAAGUCAGCUGGAUAAGAAAGUUCUAAUGUUGGAACUGCUUUUAAGUAUAGACUUUUGUAACAACAACAACAAAAAAAAAUUUAAAGAAUAAUUUUUUUCUAAUGUUUCAUUGUGACUCAUAGGUCUACAGGAAGGACACUGUUCAGUUUCUCUGCCUCAGGAAACCGAAAGCUAAGAACAUUAUGGGAGGAGUCUCACAGUUAUUUCAUAAAAACAUAACUUCUAUCUCUCCCUGGGUGAUGGCAAAGCAAGAGACAGUCAGCACUAGACAAGUUUUUAAGUGACUCUAACCAGUGCCAUUUUUCCUUUUUAUCUUUCAAAAUACUUCAUUUUCUUAGUCUUUCAUAAGAUUAUAACUGCAUUUCAAUCUCUGGAGAGCUUUCCUGAUUUACUUGCUACUCUUACAGGAUAAAUAGUGUUUCUUGUAUUUCUGAAGACGAUCUGAAGAUAGACUACUGUGGAAGAAGUUCCAGCUUAGGCUGAGCCAUAACUUGAGAGAUGGUGAAUGAAUACAAGAAAAUUGUUCUACUGAAGGGACUAGAGGUCAUCAAUGAAUAUCAAUUUAACAUGAUUAAGUCUUUACUAGCCCAUGAUUUGCAGCUGAAUAAAAAAGCGCAACAUGAAUAUAAUAGAAUUCAGAUUGCUGACUUGAUGGAAGACAAGUUCCAAGGUGCUGCCUGUUUGGACACUCUAAUUGAAUUGUUCCAAGAUAUUGAAGACCUUAAAGACCUUGCUAAAACUCUUAAACGUGAGAAGAUAAAAGUUGAAAAGAAAAUCAAAUUAAAAAGGACUCCAGUGAAAAACAGAAAGCAGGAAACCACAAGUUCUGCUACACCUGCACCCACCACAAGUAAAGCUCCUACAUCUGAAAGAGCAGAGGAUACUCCUGCGGGCCAGAAAAGGAAAAGCACAACCAAAGAGAAGCCUGGAACUAAAAGGAAUAAAGCGUCUCAGGAGCAAAAUCAGACUCCCUGUCCUUCAGCAGCCAGCACAUCUGUAACCACAGGGCACCCACCACCUCCCCAGAUCUCAUCAUCAACUCCAUCCUCUACGUCCUUACCUGAGGAGGAGGGAGAGAGAGGUGUGGCAUCCACAUCAGUGCAGAACCAGAGGUCAAAGGCAGCUGCCAGAAAAGGUGUUCUCCAAAAGAACCCAAUGACAGUGAUGGUACUCAGUGCAACAAAACCGUUUGAAUAUGAGUCCCCAGAAAAGGGGAAAAACACAAUGUUUCAUGCUACAGUGAUUACUGAAAGUAAAUACUUUCAAGUGAAAGUUUUCAACACCAAACUGAAGCAGAAGUUCACUAGAAAGAAAGUCAUUACCAUAUCAAAUUAUUUUCAAUACAAAGGAAUCCUUGAGGUGAAUGAAGCCUCUUUUGUUUCUGAAGCUGGUCCUGACCAAAAGAUUGAUGUCUCAAAGAAUAGUAUCAGAAAAGCAAAGAAAACUCCCAACAUCAAUACUCUUCAUAAAGAAGCUUCAGGAAAUGUGUAUGGGUUGUUUACACUACACAAGAAAACAGUGAAUAAGAAGAACACUAUCUAUGAAAUUCAGGACAGAACAGGAAAGAUGAUUGUAGUGGGGAAAGGAAAAUGUCAUGAUAUCAAAUGUGAGGAAGGAGAUAAGCUUCAACUCUUCUGCUUUCGACUGAGAAAAACAGACCAAGGGCGGAAGCUGACAUCUGAAAAUCACAGUUACAUCGAGAGAAAGAGAAAACCAAACAGAAACACUGACAACUCCAAGGGGAUAAAGCCAGGCCAGAAGCAGAUUCAGCUUCCAAAAACUUCAGCAGCCAGUACACCUCCAACUGAUAGUGACCCCCAAACUACUCAGGAGCCUCUGCCAACUCCAUCCAGCAGUUCCUUAAACAAGGAAAUGAAAUAUGCAAUCCCUGAAACUUAUGACACUGAAAGGAUCAAGCUACCCCAGGAGCAGUACCAAUUGCCACAAACUCUAGUGACCAUCCCACCUCCACCUCAUAGCCUUCAUCAGACUCCUCAGAUGCUUCUACUCACCCCAUCCAGCAGUUUCUUUACCCAGACAAUAACAUCAGAUAAUAAGUAUCCAGAUCCAUGGAAACAGAAGACAAAGGAUGAAAAAAACAUGAAAACAACAAGUACCCAAGCUUCUGACUCCAAAGGAAUGAACCUACCCCAGAAGCAGCACCAGUUGCCUCAAACUGUAGUGUACAUCCCACCUCCAUCUAUGAGCCUUCCUCAGCCUCCUCAGAUGCUUCUACUUACACCACCCAACAGUUCCUUAAACCAGAAAAUGAAAGACACAGUCGCUCAAACUGAUGUCAAAAGGAUGAAACUACCCCAGGAGCAGUACCAGUUGCCACAAACUUUAAUGACCAUCACACCUCCACCUAAGAACUCUCUUCAGCCUCCUCAGAUGUUUCUACUCACUCCAUCCAAGAGUUCCUUAACUGAGAAAAAGCAAUACAAAACCACCACAACUGAUGGCUCCAAGAGGUUGAAGCUAACCCCAGAGCAGAGUCAACUUCAGCAAACUUCAGUGGCCAACACUCCUCCAACUGAGAGCUGUCCUCGGAUUCACCAGAUGCCUCUAUUAUCCCCAUCCAGCAGUUUCUUAACUAAGAAACCAAUACUGAAGACUGAACCUAAAGAAGCUUCCAGAGAAGAGGGUGUCCAGAGGGGACCGAAAAAAGUGAUGGUGCUGAAAGCAACAGAGCCGUUUGUAUAUGAUUACGGAAAAGAGGAGAGAAAGAUGUUUCAUGCCACAGUGGCUACUGAGAGUGAAUUCUUCCGAGUGAAGGUUUUUGAUAUAAGCCUGAAGGAGAAGUUUAUCCCAAACAGGGUCAUUGCCAUAUCCAAUUAUGUUGGCCGCAAUGGCUUCUUGGAGGUGUAUCGUGUCUCAUCUGUUUCUAAUCUUAAUGCUGACCAAAAGAUGGACAUCUCAAGCACACUUAUUGCAAAUGCAAAUGCAACUCCUAAAAUCAGUCAUCUUUGCUUGCAAGUUCAAGGAACAUUUGUGAAUGGGGUGUUUAAGGUCCAUAAGAAAAGGGUGGUGGAAAAACACAUAUUCUAUGAAAUACAAGAUGAUACAGGGAAGAUGGAAGUAAGCGUGUUUGGACAAUUAACCCGAAUCAAAUGUGAGGAAGGCGAUGAAUGUCAAUUCAUCUGCUUUGAAUUGGAAUCAAAUGAAGAGAGGAGGCAGCUGAAAUCUGUACUUCAUAGUUUCAUCAAGGUUAUCAAGACCAAGGAACACAACAAAUAGCCACUCAGUCCUAAUUCAAGUAUGGAAGCUUGAUUAGAGUCCUCCUUCUAAAUCCCUGGCUGUCAUUCAUAGUGAUGUUUAUGGAGAUAAGACCUACAUAUGGAAAAAGAAACCACAUAGAUAUAUCUGGUUGAAAUAAGCAAUAUAUUUACCAGCUAUUAACUCUAGGUAACAGCAUUAGAAUUCUUUUGUUUUGUUUUGUAUUUUCUAAGAACUACGUUUUUUGUCUAUAAAUUUUAUAAUUUGAAAAAAAUAAAAAACCUUCUCCCCCGCACCUCUAGAGGUGUUUCCUAAGAGUCUCUGUAAUCCAUUUGUGAAUUGCUGAAAAACAAAUAGUUUGUGAUCUGUAAAUCAGGAUGAGACACACAGGUCCACACUCUGGGUGGGAUCUUUAGCGGAGAAGUCCCCGGCCAAGAAUAAACAGUCUGUGGUGAGGUGGUUAAGAGCUCAGCUGCUAACCAAAAUGUUGGCAGUCGAAUCCACCAGCCACUCCUUGGAAACCCUGUGGGACAGUUCUACUCUCUCCUAUAGAAUUGCUAUGAGUCAGAAUUGACUUGACAGCAAUGUGUUAGUUGGUUUACCCUGCACCAAAGAACCCAGAUGAAGGGGCAGAUAGGGCUGAAAUCCAGCCUGUGCUUCCAUUACCAAGUGCUUUUUCCUGGAGAGGAACUGCUUUAGCUCAGAACAAGAAAUAUCUUUUCAGAAUCAGCCUUCUCAGAGAGGGCAUAAUUGGGUAAUUUGUCUGCCAAAAGAGGUACCUUGUGAUGAUUUGUAUGAAGGCACUAGUGUAGGUUAGAAGCAUUUCUAGCACUGCCUGAUGAGAAAUAUCUGGUCCCAUUCAUUUACUCAAGUACCAAAACCUCCUCAGUAGCUCUCCAAUCACAUUUCCUGGCUCUACAUUUCACAUAAGAGUCCCUGGGUGGUGCAAACAGUUAAUGUGCUCAGCUGGUAACCAGAAGAGUCCACCCAGAGGUGCCUUGGAAGACAGGCCUGGCAAUGUACUCUGAAAAAUUAGUCAUUGAAAACCUUAUGGAGAAGUUCUACUCUGACACACAAGGGGCCUCCAUAAGUUGAAGUCGAUUUGUUGACUCACCACACUCUUUUUUUUUUUUUAAAGUAGGCUUGUUACCAUCGAGGGCACGGAGGCACUCUGGACUCAAUGGGUCCUUGUCUUUCUUUUGUAAGAAUACACAGAGGAGACAAUUUUUUGACAAGUAAAAGGAGUCAGUCAGGGCUCAUGUCUCUCCAAAAGACUGAAUCACAAGGGGAAGCAAGGCUAGGGCUUAUAUGGGUUCUGUGGGGACAAUAGAGCAAUGAAUGUUCGGAGGGUUCCUUUGAAGGGGUAGGUACUCUUUGGAAUGGUAGUGCAUACUAAUUAGAUUGCGGGCACAUCUGGAAUCCAAGAUGGAACCUGCUGACAUUCAAGACAAAGUCCCCUCAGCAGCUCUCAGCAUGACUUAUCAUGGGAUAUGGGAUAUGGCACAGGUGCACUGAUCUCCCGUAUUACUUUGCCCCCUUCAGUGGGCCAAAACAACAGUCACACUUUGUUUUUCUGUGCAUGUGGAGCCUAUAAUAAGGGGAAAGGGACUAGAAAAAUACUAAGGAGGAAGUAGUAAUUCACAGGUCGUUCUAACCUUAUUUUAUGUUGACAGGAUGUGGUUCUUGUUUACCCAACUUCUAGGUGGUAGUCUUUUAACAGCUCUUUUAUUCUGCCAGCACAGUUAACCCUAUCCGUCUCAAGCUUAGAUGCUGAGAAUAAGAUUUAGACAUUUUUUGUUUCCUAGACUAAUGUUAUCCUAAUAGCAUUCUGUUAGAUAUAUUCAAGAUAAUUUUGGUCAUUUUCAGGAUCCAGAUUAUUAAGGCACUUGAGAAGUUAUAUUAUCUAAAAAUGAGAAAAUUGAAGCCCAGAGAGAUUGAGUGAAGUGGUCAAGAUCAAAAAUCACUCAGCCAGUUAGGAAAUAGAUUUCCUCCUGAGCAAACAUCAAAGAUUACUAAAACGUCCACCAAAUUCAAAUUUGAUUAAUGGACACUAAAAAAAAAAAAA